GGCUUUGCUGCUGCUGUUAACGUUGACAACCGUGUCCUUCUCUUGUAGAUAAAUUCAACACGUAUGUGACCCUAAAAGUGCAGAAUGUCAAGAGUACGACGGUGACGGUGAGAGGGGACCAGCCAUGCUGGGAGCAGGACUUCAUGUUCGAGAUCAGUCGCCUGGAUCUGGGGCUGAUAGUGGAGAUGUGGAACAAAGGCCUUAUCUGGGACACCAUGGUGGGAACGUUGUGGAUCCCUCUGCGGACCAUCCGCCAGUCAGAUGAGGAGGGGCCCGGGGAGUGGUCAGCACUGGAGGCUGAGGUGUUAAUGAAGGACGAUGAGAUCUGCGGAACCAGGAACCCCACUCUCCAUAUGAUCUUGCUGGACACAAGAUUCGAGCUGCCUUUUGAUAUCCCCGAGGAAGAAGCCAGGUAUUGGACCAAGAAGCUAGAGCAGAUGAACAGCCUGGAAGAGGCCGGAGAG